AAGGCAUCGAAGCAAUUCACUGGCACAAGCCAAAAACACUGUCUUUAGGUAACGCAGCAAUAAGGUAACUAUAAUUCAAAUUUUCAGCUUCACAACGAGUGUAUUUAGUUUCUUUGCAUAUAUAGUCAGUGUAUAGUUAAGUUACUGCACCAUUUCCACUGAAUUCAAACCGAUAUUAACUCCACCACUCACACCUGAGCAAUGAUUCUGAUGUAAGAUUUCGUUUUUAGCUUUAACUGUUUUGUUUGAUGCGUGGAUGGCCUAUUGACUACUAAUUUGUUUGUCUCUAGAAUUUGGACUGAAUAUCAUCGCCAGGGAGUGCUAUCCACUAUAUGAUACAGAUAAAAGAAUGAAAUCGGCGAUAUUCGGUUGCAGUAUUUUGGUUCUCACUAUUCUUGAGUGGCAAGGAAAUGCAGGUAAGCUUUAAGCAUAUUACAAGACAUAAGGCCACUAGAUUAGCACUUGACUAGUUACUUCGUUCAUUUUCUUUGGAUUGUCAGUUGGCUUGCGUUUAACCUCGUAACUUUAAGGACAGAAUUUCGUUAUGGUACACCGACUUCCGACCAAAUGGUUAAUCCAUCCGUAAUAAUCUUCGGCUCAACUUUGUUCUUUCUGCUAAUUGAUUUAACUUAAGUUAUGUAAUAUAACAUCCAGAGUAACAAGUAAGGUCUAUAAUUUUGAUAUUUUCGGUUACAAGUGCUCAGUUUCCGUAAACUGAAUCCAGCCUCAACCGUCUAACCCCUUUUCGCAGUCCAUCUGAAUUCACAUUUAGCUAUCCGUGAAAUUAGUCACUCUGCAAAGAAGGAAUGUAUGCUUCCAAACGGCUCAGGAUUAACAUGUGUGGAAACAAACAUUACAGUUAUAUGAACGAUCUCGACAGCUUAUGCUUGGAAUGUUCUUGUUGUAAACGAUUUCGCAUGUUGUAACUUCAUGGGACUGCAGACAGCAUCAAAAUAUUUCAAAAGUCUUCCGCGGAACUUAAUUAGCGUUCCCACCGUUUCAAUCUCGCGUUUUCAACACUGAGAAUGUGAAAACGUCAUUAAAGUACCUUUCAAUCGAUAUUUUAAAAGCUCUGGAUCUUUAAGUUUCACUUUGGGAUCAUUUCUGUCGUCAUUUAUCCAUUUAUUUAUAAGCAGAUGUCAACGGAGGCAUUUAUCGCGUCUGGCUUUAUGCCACAUCCCUUAGUACUAUUAUCCGGCUACUGGUCUUGCAUUGUAACUGGGAAAUCGCGAAGUGUCAGAGCUCCAAGAAUCAUGUUUUUUUUCCGUUUGAAAUGCUAUUGAAAAACGAAUACUCUAACAAUUUUACAACGACAAUAUGUUUCGAAAAAAAGGAUCUAAUAUAAACUUGUGUUGCUGUGAAAAAUCAAGUCCCUAAAAGGACAAGUGAAAGAAGGUGUAUAUUAAGUGAACAAAUAUUAUUUUCCUCUGAUUAUUUACCUCCACCACCCCACCCGCUGCAGUAAUCAGUCUGUCGUUACAUGAACAACUCCUCUUUGUAUGCUUCGAUGUAGAUGAAAAUAUAAUGGAAAAAUUCUUCCAUGCCUUUUCUUUAAACGUACACACACUAAUCGCAGAACACCAAGCUUUGAAACUGAUAGACAUGAUUAACUUUUACUCUAAAUUUUUAGAAAAAAAAAACACACGCACACGCACGAUGUCUCUUUUUCAUUACUCGCAAAACAAACAGGUGAACAGAAGUACAAGACAACAAAGCUAUGUCUUCGCCAGAAUGUAUCAAUUGUUGUAAGAAGCUAAGACUUGUAAAAAGUGAGUUGGCCUUCCAGUUUGCUAGACUGAUAUGCGUGCACAUCUUUCGCCAAUUUCACAAAUAACUCGGAAAUCAGGUGAAACUGACGGGUGUAGGAGGUAAUUGGUAAGCGAAUCAAAUUUUUAUCACGUUUCUUGAUACAUGUAGAAACGUAACUAGGAGGGUUACGUAUCUAGAGAUAGGUGAAUCAUCCCUUUGUGCUUUUCUUUUUCUCAGUAUAUUCUCAGGUUAUAUUUAAUUCAGCUGCCCACUACUGGCCUUUUAAUCGAGAGUCAGGCAUUGUCGAUAGCAAAACCAAUGUUACUGGAGUCAAAUACGGUCAAACGAAAAACAUUUACUACAAGGGGCCUGGAUAUGGCUUUCUUCAUACAGACGGUAAGGCCUGGAUAGAUCUGGGAAACUUCACUGAUUCAUGUUUAGUGGAGCCUGCGCGAUGUCAACCAGCUCUGACUGUUUUCCUUUGGUUGCAAUAUGCCCAGAAUAAAAACUGGACAUACUUCGUGGGUACAUCGAGCCAUCUUACCUAUUCAAAGGGCUUCACAAUAUACAAAGAAUCUGAUAAAAGAGCAAAGGACUCUAUUGUUUUGAGAGUGAAUGAUGGUCAACGAGAAUGGUCAGGAAACCUUACGUUAAAACCGAAAACUUGGUCCCACGUGGCUUUCACUUGGGAUGCCAGUUCAGGUUUGGCGCUGUUUCAAAACUGUCGUCAAAUGGCGUUGAUUUGGGAGAGUAAACUUCAAACACCAAUAAGAGGCAACGGAUCAAAUAUUCUGGAACACCAUCUGAGUCUGUCUGGCGCACAAAACAAUUACCCUAAUGCAGGCUCCAAGGCGUCUUAUGAAGAUCUGGCCGUGCUGUACAGGAAGAUAGAACAAGCCGAAUGGGACCAGAUUUGUCACCAUAAAUUAGGUCAGUUUGCUAUUGAUAAAUAAGGGCCUUAUCUUAGAAUUGCCCUCAGAAUGAACAUUCUACGUACAUUGACUCCUGGUCUAUUUAUUACUUUGCAAGUCAAGGCAUUUAGUAAAAGUUUUUAUCUGCAGUUUAGUGUUUCCAAAAACAUCUCCCAUGCACUUUAGUGUUGGGUCAAAGUAAAUCCUGUCACAAUUCAAGAAAAAAAAGGAAGUAAUGAUAAUCAAGGUGGGCUGUUUUACACAAGGGCAACAGAUAUGGGCUCCCAAAACUUAGGAAAUAUUUUUCUUCUUCUGCCCCUACUAAGACAUGACAGACCAAUGACAGAUUACCUCUAGCACAAACCUAUUUACGCACUCUCGUGGAGAGAGACAAUAUGAAAUGAAAUCAAAUAGAAAUGGAUAAAUCUUGCUUUCGUUAACAGAGGCACCUCAGAUCAACAUCACUUGUCAAAGUUCUAAGAGAUGGCUUACAGUCAGUUGGAGGCCACCACCGAUGACUUAUGAUAUAUUAACAGGGUACAAUGUGUGGCACUGGAGCGAGAUUUUCAAUUGGUCGAAAAUAUCGGUGGAAAGCGGAGUUACGUUUUAUAAUCUUAGUAACCUGGGUAAGUACAUUGGAGUAUCUUUAAAUUGCAGGAUAACUUACAUAACUAAACGAGUAGCAGCUUGUAAGUUUAUUGAAUAUUUACAGUUAGGCUAGGGAAAAAGUCAGAUCAAUAAGGUGAAAAAAAAAUUAUUAAAUAAGUAUGCAUUUGCUCUUCUUCUUCUUCUUCUUCUUCUUCUUCUUCUACACCUUUAAAUUAAGGCGCCGCGACUAAUCACGUGGUUUGUUGAGCUUGGGUCAUCUGUGUGGUAUUAAUUAACAGAAAUACAACUUUAUCUUGCAGAUCCAGGAUCUACGUAUAAAUUGUAUGUCCAAAAUAUGUUCCGGUUCGGCUCUGGAAAAACUAGCAGCGUGAUUGACUGCAGGACGGAAACUGAAGGUACUUUGAUAUGUUUAUAUACAGCUGUAUACAGCUGUUUCAAAAGACGUUGUCGGAAGAAAAGCAAAAAGUGCCAAGACCGAAAGGUAAUAUGGGAUUUUUAUAAUGACCAGCUGAAGGUCCUAUAGGAGUUUUGCGGCCACUCAAUGGCCCUGAGAACAGAAUGGAACGUCUUUCUGUAAGCCGUGAGAGUAUUCCGUUGGACAACUCUUAAAACAGAGGUGGUUGGAGGGCCUUCAAACAGUAGGGAGCUUAAGCAAAUACAAUAGCGACAAAAUUUGUACGUGCAUCACGCUUUUUGUCCGUGGCCGUUGUUGCACGGCUACUGCUUGAAAUGUCUCAUCUUUUAGAGAGGAAGUAAACAGCAGACUCCAAUUUUCUUUUCUAUUUUUUUUUUAACUAAUCCCAGUUUAGAAUUUUUUUUCCAUAGGAAUCGCCAUCAUUUAAAAAAUUGAACGAGGUGGAAGGCGAUGUGGUUGUCCAUACAUUCUCACAUGCUGGUGUAGUGCAGAAUAUUACCUGGAGUAGACUUUGACGAGUUUUAAUUAAUUUCUUGAGUGGGAACCAUUAUUCGGAAAAAAAGUUUGCUUAUAAUAUUUGUUUUCGCCCACUAUGUUAAUACGUUAUGCAAAUUGAUAAAAUGAAAAAUUUAAAGUCAUUUUUCCUUGCUAAUUAGCCGAACAAAAUUGCUUUCAAAGAUGGGAAUAAGCAACAGUGCACUUCGACUGAAACGUAAUUUUGCCUUGUGCUUUUUAAAAACUAAAAUGAUAAGUGUGGUUUAGUGUAAACGACGAAUACAAAUCAGCGACCAGUUUAGUGGAGCGAUCGGUUUGCCAGCAAAAGACGGAUUUGCAACAACCCACAUUACCUUGCGGUCUUGGCUUGAAGACAACGUUUUUUAAAAUAGCCGUAAAAGUGAUUGGCACUUUUUUUCUGGAUUAGUUUUGAACCCGCCCUUGAACAUAAGUGUGGAAAAGACGUCAUCUAGUGCAAUCAUGAUCAAGUGGCUUCCACCUCCAGGUAGUUUAAAAGAUGUAAAAGGGUACAAGGUGAGCAAGAUUUAUCGAUGUUUUUAUUUAUUUAAUUAUUUAUUUAUUUUAAAAUUUAUCUUUCUAGGAUAUUCUUAAGACAGCCCUCUUUCUUUGGUUAAACAAUUUCAUAGCUUAUAAACAAUCUAAACGAUUAGGAAACCUAAUUAAAUUCAGCAAUAGGGCUUUUAUUGGUUUUUGGCUAUGUCAUUAAACGCGUGCUUAGCUUAUCCAGAGUUUGAUACGAUUGCUUCUUUCUCUGUGUACGCAUUUGCCCUUGCUUGGGUUGCUAAAUUGUGUUUUGCGAAACUCAUGCCAGUUAAUGUAAGAAAAGAUAUGAGCUUUUUGUCAAGGAAGAAAGCUAUUUACGAAAAAGGUGUCCCUUUUAAGCCAAGCAAGUAUUCACCUUCGAUCUAAAUACUUACAGACUUGUUGAUUCUUAUUUUCUGUAGCUCAGUUAAACUAAAUAGUGAGCUGUAUAUUAUUUUAAACAUUUCAGAUAACGUACAGUGUUGUAAGCUCUCUUGAAAAUCUCUACAUUGCCAAAGUGGGUGCUGUAACAUCGUUUCUCCUCACAGAACUACAAAUGAAUACAAGUUACAUAGUACAAGUUUCAAGUUACGGUGAUAAGCGAUUUAAUGACAGCAACCCCGCCUCAGUAACAGCAAAAACAGAUUAUGAUGGUAAGGAAGUUGUUACAUGCUAAUUUCUUGUUUAAAAUAAUUAAUUGGAUUUAAUUUAUUUUUGAGUUUUAAAUUUUUUCUGUUUGACGCUUUUAAAGACAUUUCUUCCUAUUAUUUAUAUCAUGUGAUCAAUUAUAGUAAUCUCUCUUUUUCCUUAGUACGUUUUGUUGGGCAAUAAAUGGAAUGUCGAUAUUUGGAUUUUUUAAGCAAUUAACACAAGUCAAUAUUUCACGUUGCAGAUAGAGCAUCAGUUACCGAAACCUUUCUAGAGUUAAAAAGCUCUACAUUCUUGACCAUAACAUGGAAAAAGCCAAGGAAUAAAUACCAGAAGUUUUCAUACCGAACGUUUGCAAAGUGGAAAAGCCAUGAAGGAGUGGAACAUAUUAAAGAAGUGUACGCUGGCAAUGCAACCACGUGUGAUUACUUUCCUAAAGGAGGCCUUCCUAGCGGCAAUCUUAAUUUUGAAGUGUUCGCGUUCGUGGUAGAAGAAAUACCUCUCGUUAAUAUUGUUGGUGUGUAAAUGAAAGAAAAUUUUUUGUCUUAGUUUUAAGUGAAAUACGUCAUUAUAUUCUGAGCUUGGGUUACCUAUGACACUGAGUGCGUGUCGUCGAAUAACCAAGGUUCUCCCAAAUAAACUCUUUUUAAGCCCGUAAGUAUAAAUUGUUAAUGCAACUUCCAUUCCAGAUCUAUUGAUAAGUAAUUAACCCACUCGCUCCUGGAGAUUUUGCCGAAAAACGCGUUUUCAAGCUAGUCGAGUGGUUUUCUGGUCACUGUCGUGCUAUAAAGAGCUAAAACUUACCACAAACCGGUUUACAGGUCGUACACUUCGCGGCCUUCUGAUCCAGAUACAAAAUAACAGCUUGCGAAGUUCGGGCAUGCGCAGAAAGCAAAAUUUCGAGUGUUUGGGUUUAAAAGUGACACAGCAGUCUUGACUUUUAUUUUUCGCUUUCUCUCCUCCCUUCUUUUUUCGCUUUUCUUGCCUCAUUUUUUUUCUCUUGCUAGGCAUUUAGUAGGCUUCAUUUUGGUGGGAAGAGUUUUUAGGAAAGCUUUUAGGAUCUUAGGAUUAGGUGAAAGGAAAGGUAGGUGGGCAAUGGAACAAGAUUUUCAUGGAGAUUUUCAGGUCAAUGUCACGUGGUUUUUUGCUUCUUUCUCCGGUGUCCUUGACUGAAUUGUGCUCCCUCUGGUAUGGUUUGAAAGAUCUCUUCACUCUCCAUAAGUUAGCGAAGAAAGUUGUCCUUGCCCGUUAAAACUGAUGACGUCACAAAGGGAUCGACCUGGAUCGGCACGGGCGGUUACGGGCGGUUCAGGGGCGAAUGGGUUAAGCAAGUAAGUAAGUAAAUAAGUAAGUAAAGGAAUAAGUAAGUGAGUAUGUAAGUUAGGAAAGAAGGAAGUAACUGAUGCCCUUAAUGUGUUUUAAUGUGUUUUAUUCUCACAAGUCUUAAUAAAGGUACCAAAAAUGCACACUCUGUCUAUUUGGGAUGGGACCCUGUGGGAUAACUUUCAAGUCGUCGGCGAUAAGUAUCCUGUUUAAGCAGACGAUCCUGAAUGUGUUAAGGAAAUGUCUUAGUAUAGGUCACGUCUUUAUGACAUCCAUUCGCUAUUUCAGUACAUCUAAACAUGACCUAUAAUUUAAAGAAACCCACCAUUUAAAAUAUCUCAAUAACGUAUGGUUUGUAUUUACUAUUCGAAUCCCUAGAGUCUCCAAGAGAUGUCGUCAUUGUAUCUGUGGGUUGGUCUCACUUAAUUUUAAAGUGGAUCUCGCCCUUUAACGGAACAGCCAUCGACUUCGCUGAUUCUUAUCGCCUGAUCGUCUCAACAAACAAAGAGAAGGUGAAGACCAUCACAACCACGAAGACGCAUGCCCGAAUUGAUGGCCUAAAACAGAUGACUUAUUAUUUAGUAAGCCUCCAGGCAUGGAACAAACUCGGUUAUGGUCCGCCUUUGAAUCCAGAUAUACAUUUCAGAACGCUAGGUAACAGAACAAGAAAUAAAAUUAACAGUUAUUCCAAAAGUGCGCGUUGGAUAUGAGAUGGUAGAUAAAAUCAUCUCAUAUCCAACAAGCACGAGUGGGAUAAUUGUUUUAUUAAAAACGCUCUCAAAAUAUCGAGAAUUCUUCCCGACUUGUUUGUAAGAACAACCGAUUUUCAGCUUGUGUUUUUAAUUUUGAGUAGACACGUACCGUAACUACAAUACAAUACGAUACAAUAUUCUUUAUUUAACGAAGGUGACGUAAUAACCCAAUGAGUUAUCUAACUUACGGCCUUCACAACAAUGAAACUAUAUUUGGAGAGCAUAGUAAAAUGACUAUAAUGGCUCAUAUAUCCAACGAUUCAGUUUUUAAUAAAAGGCAAUAUCAACUGUCUUGUUUCAAGUGAAAUCGCUAUGGCUUCGAUAUACCUUAUGUUCAAUUCAGUUUCUUAAUUCUUCGUAAUUCAUUAAUUAUAAUAAUUUAAAGUUGAUUAUAUACUGCUGCUCUUAUAGUAUCCGAACACAUGACGGAUCUGCUUUCGUCAAAGAAAAUGCAAUCAAUAAUAAAUCAUGUGAAGAACAAAGAGUGUUUUUCGGGACAACUGUUCUUUAUUCAAACUUUCUUUAGAUCGCGAUGAGUGCUCAGACAAUUCCCACGAUUGUAACGAAAACGCUAUUUGUAGCAACACAAGAGGCUCGUAUAUUUGUAAAUGCAAAAUGGGCUUUAUGGGAGACGGCAAAAACUGCGAAGGUAGGUCACUUGUUGGUCAGAAUUAUUUACUCUUUAAAGUGUCAAAAACAGCAAAAAUAAAAUUGAUAAAAACUGAAACAGCUUAUUACAAGAUGAGAGAAAAUGUUGGAAUCAACCUUAUUACCACAACCAAGUUUCUGAUAAAUAAUUUUCCCUCUUUUUUUGGAUCUUCGAUUAUGUGUAUUGAAUUAUUCAUGUCAUACACACAUUAUACUAGGGGUCAAUUUAAUGAAACUUUUACACGUGUAAUUUAAUAAAUACCAUUGUAGCUAUUGUUCUCAGACGCCAAAACAAUGGCUACACUUAUUACACGUGUAAAAGUUUUAUUAAAUUGACCCCAGGAGCCGCCUAUCCUGAUAAUACAUAUUCAAUUCUUGUAGUAAUUUAAGACGGAAUGCAUUAAGAAAUUGAGUGAUUUUAAUUUUCAGUAAACAAAAACCUUGUACAAGAAUAUUUUAAGCCAUAUUGCAUUCUUUUUUACACUUUUCAAGGGCUGUACAUUUAAAAUAGAUCAUUUUACGGCAGCGGCCAUAUUGAAUUUAUUAGAUUUAGAAGUAUUAUGGGAUUCCCAGGGGCCAUGAGCACGGUUAGUUAUCUGUAACAACCUCAAAGACAAUUUCUUACGGGAGCCCGAGAAAAUAUAUUUCAAAUUUCACAGGAAUUGUGAAAAACAGGUAAUAUUCUGAAAAUUUCAUUUGUAACAUGUCAUUUUGUGAAAUUUGACAUUUUAUUUUCUCGGGCUCUCAUAAGAAAUUUUCUUUGGUGUUAUUACAAUUAACUAAAUACAUCCAUAGCUCUUGAAAAAUGCAAAAAAGGAUGGGACAUUGUUUAAAUUAUCCAGAUACAAGGUUUUUGUCCACUGAAAAUUAAAAUUACUCAAUUUCCUGAUGGACUCCGUCCUAAAUUUUCAUAAUAAUUGUCUUAAUUAUUCGUGUAAUAUCACAAGAAAGGACGUUAUGAAAGAGAAACGUCUACACAUCGUUUUAGAGUAAAUGAAAUAAACAAACAAAAAUGUGACUAAAACGUCAAAAUUUUAAAAUAUUGCAUACUGUACAGAGGUUCCUGAAGGAGCGAAAGACGAUGAUUUCUGCCCGACCGAGAGUCUUGCUGGCAUCGAAUGGCAUCAGACUUUGACGAAGCGCCAGGCAGUCACGACUUGUCCACCAGGAACUUUGGGUAACGAAACGUAUUCCAAAAAUAAGUUGAUUAACAGCUAUGAAACAUUACUUAAAAACGUACCUAAUCAUCAUGUUACUAUUAACGAGCGUUACGGGGAGGGAACACAACACCCCUAAACAUCAGUCAGGUCAGCUAACAUACUAGGUAAUCCCCUUGAAAAAUAUUCGCGGAAAAAGAAGGACUAGGGCAGAGUUUUCGCUUAACUUGGAUGGUAUAGCACACUUUGUUAGUUUAAAAGAACCAUUUUGUUUGCAAGAUAUGAAAGAUAUGGUCUCUCAGGAGGGUUGUGUUGCAGUUUGGAAUGCAGUUUAUUCCUUGUCAUCCUGCGGGUGCACUAAAAGCACGACACUCAUUAAUUUUCAAUACCGAUUUCUGAACAGAAUACUUCCCACAAACUCGUUUCUAACAAAGAUCGGUAUCAAGCAAGACCCAAACUGCUCCUUCUGCCGUAACACUGCGGAAAAUCUCGUUCAUCUUUUCUAGCAUCCUUCAAAUGUGUUAGCAAACGUUUUUGGUAAACUUGACUGAUAAUCUUGAUGAUUGCGAUUUUACUCCGGGAGACUACUCGAAAGAUAUCAGGGGCACCCAACGGCAAUUUUCGGGAAAAUAUCUGUUCGAAAGACGAUUUGAGAUCUAGAAUUUUCGGAGCAUUUGUUGUAAAAUUUCUUGCUUGCCUGCCUCUCCUAGGAUUUUCGAACAACUACAAAAUGGUGUAAUUACCCAUUUUUAACGGAUUUUGAGCCUAAAAAAGGCCACCUAGAAUUUUCGGGAGCCUUUUCCUGGCUGAAAUUUUCGAGAAGGUAAGUUUUUAUCCCUAUAAUUUUCGGAUCACUAGACUUUCAGUUAGGAAAUCCGAACAGAUGAAAAGUUUUUAGGGGAUAAAAAUAUGCCUGUAUCUACCGUUUGAGUACUAAAAUACGUUCAACAAUACUAUGUUAAGUGGUUUUGAAAUAUAUCCUCGUUGGGUGCUUCUGAAGAUAUCGCAGUUUUUGGGCCUAGAGUCCGAUAGCUCUAAAUUUCUCUUCAUUUAAACUUUUGCUUUGUACUAGCCAGACACUGUAUCUGGGGUUGUAGAAUCAAUAACAAGACCCAUCAGCUAAAAAUGUUUUUGAAGGCCCUUCAUGUUCCAAUAUAAAAUUGAAUCCUACAAACAAGUCUCUUUGUAAAAUAACUGGAAUCCUUUGGUCCCACUCCUCAAUGUUAAUUCUUAGCUUGCAGAUUUAUAUUUGUUCCCAAGUGACCUGUAUACUCUUGAGACGGCUUUCUUGUAUUUACAUUGUUUCCUCAUUCAGUACUGCUUACUACUAACGGCUUUUAAAAAUAUAUAUUGUGUUCAACUAACAGUUUUGAUCUUUAAGAAUAUCUUAUUUUAUUAUUACAACUGUUAUUAUUUAUUUAUUUUUUAUUACUUUUUUUUUGCAGCUUUACUUAUUUACUUUUUUCUUAUUUUUGUAUUUUUGUAUUUUGUACUGUAGAACUCCUCCACUCUUGUACUCAUUUGUUUAUUUAUUUAAAGGAAACGUUUUUAAACGUGUGGCUUUACGUCAACGGGUAAACGAUUUAAUCGAUGGUUUUUUAAAACGUUGAUUCCGUACCAGCUACACAUACGACGGCAUGGAGAGACUCUUUGUUGCGCCAAGUAAUAGUUCUCUUUCAUCAUUUGGCCAUCAGUUUUGCAGCAUGUCGCUCUGAAAUUUAGCGAACCAAUCUCGAGAUGAGAGGCAUAGGUAGCGGUAAAUCGAUGCAAAACGCUUUAGUGUCUGAUGUUCACUGUCUCUCUAUUUCACUGAUCAUCAAGUACUUACUUUGUCACGUUAUUUUUUGUUUGUAUUAGGCACGGCUAUGAGACUCUGCUCAGGAAAUCCACCGGUCUGGCAGUUACCUGACCUAAGCAAUUGUAUUUCAAAAUGGAUGUAUGAUAUCAAAAAAAUGGUAAGCACUGGGUUAGCACUGAUGAGUUGAUGCCUUUGUAGCGAAAAAGGAAGAACACCACUCCUACCCUCCCACCCCCCAAAAAAAAAUUAUUGUUGAUCUGAAUUUAAACUCGAUAGGGCAGCCAAUAAGUUUGCUUUGUGCUAUCCAGAUGGGAUGAUUGGCUCAAUCAAGAUGGAAGCAUUGCAUCAGGUCAUAAAUUAUGACCUAAAACUCGCAAAUUGUCCCUUAUGAUUCACGUGGUAUAUCAACUUUCCGGAUAACCGAAAAGCUACUGGCAAAGUCGAAUAUUUAGAAAACUGAUUUCGUAUUUCAUAAGUAUUUCACCUUUCGUUUUCCAUACUCCGCAUAACCCUUCCUUGUACAUCUGUCCCUUUCAGCUGGAUAAUUCAAACGUCAGUCUUGCUUCACUGGCCAAUCAGCUUUCAAAUCUCACGGAUGUCAAGAACGGGAAACCAUUGUACGCAGGAGAUCUAAAACUUCUAGUAAAUGUCAUUGGAGUGUUAACACAGAGGGGACCUGGGACUAGCAAAAACGGGAGCACCCAAGAUACGUCACAGACGUUUCUAAAGGUAGUUUGUCAUGUUAUUCAAUGUAUUUUAUUCUAUUCUAUUAUUCUAAUAAACCUAAACAAAUCCAUCGCGUGUUGUUAUUCUUCCUUUUCCUUUCCUUUUUCAGGAUGUUGUGGGGACUGUGAGCAAUAUUCUAGAUGAGAAAAAUCUUCAGACUUGGAAUUACAUGUCGAAGGUGAGAAGACAAUCACCUACGUUGCUACCUUAUACCUGAUAUGCCAAACGCAUUUUUUUCUAAUUAACACUUGAACUAGAAAAGUUGAAAAUUGAGGUUUGAAAAGCUACGCUAUCUCAAUAAAUCUGCCUCUAUUUUCAAACCUAACCAGCUAUUUUCCAGCGAAUGGCAUUUAAUGUACCCAUUUCAGGGCAGAGUGGUUUGAUUGGUUUGCUGGUUGUCUAAGUCUUUUUUGAUCUGCUUGAGAGAAUUUUCUUUACUGGGCUAAAAACAGUUUGUAUUAUUUACUUAAUGAUCUAAUGUUGCCGUGUUUCAUGUAAAGGAAUCUCAGACAACGCAAGCAAGUUCACUUAUUGACAGUCUUGAUGUACUGGCAUUAGACAUGGCCAAUUCCUCGCAGACAAAUGUGACUGAGAUGGAAAAUGUUGGUAGGUAUUCCCUAAAUAUUGAGUACGCGCCCUUAAAGGGAACCUCCACUCUUACUACAGAAUAAGUUUAAAUCGAAUAAAAUUAUGUUGAUAAACAAAUUUGUUCGAAAUUUGUCCUAAAAAAAGUGUUUAUAUCAGGAAAAGUGAAUUUUAAAAUCGCUUAUUUUCACUUUCAAAUUUCGCGGGCGCCGCCAUCUUGAAUAAUUGUGACGUGUUACGGUUGCUCUAUUGUUCUGACACAAAGAGCUUUUGUUUAAUAACAAUAGGGCAACCAUUACACGUCACAAUUAUUCAAGAUGGCGACGCCCGCAAAAUUUGAAAACAAAAAUAGGCGAAUCUAAAAGUUAUUUCUUUCGGAUACAAACGCUUUCUUUAAAAAUAUUUUAGAUUGACUUGACUGUAACAGUUAUUUCCUGUGAUUUAAAGUUAUCUGUUUGUUGAAGUGGAGGUUCCCUUUAAAAUUAUCUGCCUACUAGGUCCAUCCGUUUUGCUCUCUAGUGACAGACUAUUUUUUGAAACCCAGCGAUAGUCGCUUGAAAGGAACUGAACUGGUACACCAGUGCUUUUUCUUCAAUUUUUGAUAAGACUUUUAUAGGCCUUGAAAUUAUCAGUUGAGCAACCUCAGUCAAUUAUUAAUCUUCAACUUUUUAUUUGAUAACAAUAAGAAUUUUCCAAAAUUAGUACAAAACUGUAUAAAAGAAAAGCCUUCCAUUAGACCCAAAGUUGAUAAUUACAUUCUAAUUUAUCCUUCUAGUAAUGACUGUGACAUCUCUGGAUAAUAUCAGAGGUUCAAAAAGUCUCGUUAUGGAACAACAGGAUGAGGAGGACAAUUCCACUGCCAAUGCAGUGUCUUUUCCAGCUUCUGUAUUGAAACAAAAUUCUUCAACUGGUAAGAGCUGAAAUUACUAUUACUAGAUUUAAGUAUGAUUACUACUACGGCACUAUCAAAAAAAAGGCCAACGGAGAGGAGACACUGUGUGUCGGCUUUGUAUGGGAGCUACCUUAAGGAGUUGACUGAUGCCCAUCUCUCUAUGGCUCAUGGCCUUUAUAAUCAACUCUAUAAGUAACUGAGUUAAUUUCCCUGGGGGGGGGAAUUCCCUAUGAUGGCCUAUACAGGGAGGCUCCGCCCGAAAGGGGUAUUUUUUUCAGGCUUCAGGUUUAUCAAAGGGUAGGGGUUUCACUAAUUGAAGUCUACAAAAAGGUAGGGAAAUGUCAUUUGGGUCUGUGAAAGGGCCCAAAAGGACUAACAGAUGAAUUUAUGGCUUUAAAAAGUCGAGAAAAAGUUUUGUGACUUUGCAAUUACAACAGUUAAAAGGGAUACAAAGUUCUAAACGAGGUAUGUGUAAGGCGUACCAUUUGUCAAAAGAAGGUAUAUGAAAGGGGUACCUUUUCCGUGAAAAAUGGCACAUAAAUGGGUAAGGGGUUAGACCUCGGGGCGGAGCCUCGCCGUAUAAACAUUUGUUGAGUAUUUUGCCCUUACUGGAUUGAGAAUAAAGCAGCGAACAACCAAUAUGUACCAAUAAAGCCCUGCUUGGCUGGUCUGAUAGCCACUUAAUAUGAUUUCAGACUAGUUACGGUAAAAAGAUCAUUCCUAAAAUAAAAAACGAUUUGCUACCCUUUAACUAGCCUUCAGCUAUUAAAACAAAAGGUUUCUUUUAACCUAUUUAUUGUUUUCGUGACAUGAAAUAAUGACUUGUAGGUUCCAAACCUGGUUUUGCCACCUUUGUGUCGUAUAAAACGCUGGGUCCCUUGCUGACGCCGAGAGGCAAAAACAGGUAUUGUCUGCUUUGAAACAUCAUAUUUUAAUGUUUUAGAACAACUGAGUUGAUUCUUCAUAUUUCUAUCAAGCUUAUCUUUAACUUGAUGUACAUGUACUAUGAUAUAGACAUGCAAAUUGAAAGAGUUUCAAUGGCGCGUAAAAAGUUUACAUAUCUUCUCUUACAAACUACAGCAUUGUAGACAGCCCUCUAACCAUAGCUUAACCAUUCAAAAGAAUAAGGGGGUACUAAUGGUGCUUAAUGUUGGCUUUUCCCUCCAGUGUUAACAAAGUCGUUAUUCAACGUGUGAAUCACUUAGAAGACAAAACUAAAUCACGACAACUUUAAGAAUAACCCAUAUUUUCUCUUUUCUAACAGAGUAAAUGAGCAAGAAGAAGAAGUACCGUCUAUAAACUCGGCUGUUGUAUCUUUAAAUCUUCGCCCACUUACCGCAAACACGUUUAAAGAUCCCGUGAUAAUAACGUUACGUCACACUGUGGUAUGUCUAUCUCGCGAUCUAUUUAUUAAACAAUAGGGUACCAGAUGGUAACACUGAAAAACAGAGCGGUUUCAACUAAGUGCCAUACAAUUAAUGAACCAUUUACUCCAGCGUGUGACUCCUGGUUACUCUAGCUGACCGAUUUUUCCGGCCACUUAGUCACAACUUGUGUUAGUAUUGGCAGACCACAGAAAUCACUGUUCAGUUUUUAUGGACACUUAUUUGAAAUUAGGCUGAUUUGGCUAUACCCGGUGCAUUUGCUUUGUAAGACAAGUUAAGCUCGCAUUUUUCAGCGACUUAUUACAAAAGCAUAAACUAAGAAGUUGCGAAGUAAAUACUGCAGCAACUUCAGCCUGAAUCCACGGCCAUUACGUCAAAAGAAACAAAAGCAAAUCGGUUUCAGUGAGCGCUGGACGAAAAGCUCGAUAGUGCGCGUCAUUACGCUUACGAAUCGCAUAAGGAAACUCUUGCAUGCACGAUAGAAUGUUAGACGGUCGUCGGCAGAGGCUCCUUUCGCACGCUAUUAGCGAGAAAAAAGCCUUUUCAGGUUAUUCAAAUAGUUAUUUAAACUAAUCUUUGUUAACUUCAGGUCAGCAAGAAGAUAAGAAGAAAACCAUCCUGUGUUUUUCUGGAGGUUGACAAGUAAAUAAAUUGUUUUUAAAGUUUCAAACAUAUCUUUCAAGCCAAAAAAAUACCUCUCAUGAAUUAAUUUUGGAGUUCUGCCCUGACACUCUUUUCAUUUUAACUGUCUUCGAAUUCCUGUGCGGGAUAUCACAAAUUUAAAAGAAACUUAAGAGACACAUAGUUUUAUGGCUCUACUUUGAAUCUACUUUGAAUUAGUGUGAAGAAAAACGCAAUAGAAGAAAUUUCAAAGUCUACUGCAACAAUGUUGUUCUAGUGAACUGCCUGGGUUCGUUAAAAUAGAAAUAUUCUCCAUGAAGUUUUCUCAUUUUUAGUUGCAACAAAACAAACCACGCUCUAACCGUUUUGUAGUUUGAUUCCUCUCUAUUCGGUCAGUGAUAAAAUCUAGAAUCUGAUCUACGUUUUUUGAUUCCCUUUUUUUAUGGUUUUAGAAAUGGAAGUUGGUCCGAGGCUGGGUGUCAUGUUAAUUCAACAAAUAUAAGUUACACUGUUUGUCACUGUUAUCAUCUGACGAGCUUCGCUGUGUUAAUGAGCGUCAAAGAGGAUAUCUCUCAAAUAUCAGUAAGUAAUUUUCAGUAUUUAGGGCAGCCGGCUUGCCAUAAAUUUAAACCUCUUUUUCAUUUCAUCAAUAAAAUUCAAAACUUUUUCUCGUGUGGCACUCCAUAUUCUUCUUCUACAAAAUCAGUGACGGCCUUGUGGUUGAGAGAAAGACAUAGGACUUUGGAUCUGAAGGUCGGGUUUAAGAACUGUUAUCCGACUCGAAUUUUUUCCUUGUCAUGCGAAUGAUGCUGGUGCAAGCUUCGAUCGGCUUCAUUUUUCACUUCACUUUUCUUCAUCUUAGAAGAGCAUCCAUGUAUGAUAGCAAAAUGGCAUUUUCCAGUUAUUUAUAAUUACUUAAUGUCAUCCCUUUUCAGAUAGCAAAUGCGAUUCCAAGUCUGUGCGAUUCCAUGUAUUUGUAAUUUAUGGCAUUUCUUUCAUACCGGGGGGGGGGGGGAGGGCACGACUCCAAUAGCGCCUGGUACUUGUUUCGUAUAUCUAUGAUUCACCUAUUUAUGACAUCACAUCCGGGUGCAAAGUUUGCAAAGUUGCUGCCCUGUUUUAGCGCGAAGCACCAAGAUGGACACCCGAUGCUAUUUGGUUUCUUCGUUAUUUUAACCCACAAAAAAGUAAUACUAAAUCUUCUUUGUUUGGUCAUGAAAUUGGCUUGAAAGGCCGGCUAUAUACCUUCUCAACAUUCUCGGCAUUCAAGAUACAUAAUUCCGUUAGCCUGUGGGUAGAAAUAACCAGGAAACCAAAUAGCAUCGGGCGUCCAUCUUUGUGCCUCGCGCGAAAAGAGAUCAGCAACUCUGCAACCGGAUGUGAUGUCAUAAAUCGGUGGAUCAUAGAUAUACGAAAUUUUGCUAAGUCGAGGGUCCCCACCCCGUUUCACACCAAUAACAUCGUUAAAGUGAACACUGUGGUUUUUGUUUUUGUUUCCAGAAAGGGCAUCAACUUGCUUUGAGUCUUAUUACUUAUAUUGGCAUUAGUAUAUCAAUAGUUGCGUUGUGCCUCGCAUUCCUUACUUUCCACUUCUUUAGGUGAGUUGCUUUUUAGCUUCUUCUUAACUUAAACCCUGUACAACAGUAAAAGAUGGUUAUGAUUAGUAUUUAACAAUUAUUCGCCGAAGGCGAAGUUAAUAUUGUUGAAUAAUCCCCGAGACGAAGUCGAGGGGAUUAUUCAACAAUAUUAACUGAGCCUGAGGUGAAUAAUUGUUUUAGUAUAUUCACACGAAGUGAUCUCAACAGAAUCACAAAGGAAACCAUUAAAAAACGAUUAGUUUGAUUGACGGGUGAAAAUUCAUGCGUGAACACGAAGCCGUAAACAGUGAAUGCGCAAAAGUUAGAUCUUUACAGUAUCUUCAAACAUGGCAAAUGAUAGUUUUAAUCUUUUUGUAUCGAGUUUUGUAAGCUUUAGCAUCAACGGUUUAAAAGAAAACGCCGAAAAUUUAAAUUACUACCCAAUUCUGAGAAGAAAAGUAUCUAGAGCUUUAUUUGUUUUUGUCAACUCACCGUGAAUGAGAAAGUUUUCUUCGCCGCUUCUUGCAAAUGCUGUCAACAGCGGCUGCGAUCAAGGUGAGCGUUGAUUAUCUCCAAAGUUCUUUGCCGUGUUAACUUGCUGGCACGUACAAUUUUCGAAAAUAUUUGCCUUCCUGUCUUCUCCAUAAAUUAACUUCUAUUUAUAGGCAAAAUUGGUCUUGCGAGAAAAUCCCGAAAUCACAAAACAGUGACAAAGCGACCUCGUUUUCCUCUGUAGUGGUAAACAUAGCUUCGAGCGUACAAAAAGUCAGCUAAAGUAAACCACUCCACAAUAAAUCACGUUGUUUAAACACCAUGAAGUCUUUUCUUGCCUUCAAAGUCAUCAGUACUUGGAUCUUCGUGUAUUUUCAAAAAGGUUUUACUUUGAAACUUUGGCAAAACACCCAGUUCACGACAGCGAUUUUGUUCGGCUUUAUAUUCACCGCCUAGCGCGGUGAAUAUAACGUCAUAGUCCGAGGUAGCUAACCAAUCAGAUUAGUUGAAUUACCAAGAUCACUGAGUGUGUCUAUACUAAUACUCUAUACUCUUACAUCACAGUCUAAAUGUUAAGUUUGAAAUAAGUGCAACAAUCGUUAAUUUCCAGCAUAUGCAUCCACAAACCAUUCGGUAAUGUCAAUACGGUAAUCUUCCCCAAACCAUCUGGCUUCACAAAUCAGCUACAAAUCAGCAACUAAUCCUGCGUCCAAGUUCAGAGCUACCACUGACAUGCUGUCGACGGCUGUAGGUGCAUACAUGAGACAACUUCGCAAAUGCAGCCCGUCGUUAUUGCAGCGGUUGUUGGUCAUGAAAGACUCCAGAGAGGUCUUGAACCAUUGCAGCUUGUGAAAGUGAGGAAGUCGUCCAUUGCUACAGCUGCCAGUUCCGUCCAGUUCCAAAGAAAUUUUAUAUACCGAUCGACUCAACAAAACACAGCGGCGUACAAUUUCAUGUUCAAUCUCCUGCUUCUGUAUUGAAAAAAUAUAUAUAUUCUUUCAUUGUACAUUGGCAUAAAUGUGUGUCGACUUUUCCUGCAAAACAGCUUACAUAAGUUCUCGAUGACCGAUUUUAGCCUCUAUCCCAGUAACACGAUUUACCCCUUACCCUUCAUUCAGUCAAACUAGCCUUCAGUCCCGUUUUUAAGAACGUGAAUGACAACUACCAAUCAGGCGAGCAUCGGUUGAAAUUGUAUGAAUAAUGUGACGUUAAAAUACAAAAUACGGCUUCUUUGCCAACUCAUCGUGUAAAUGCGUUUCAUUUUGACAGGUUUUCAAAAUCUGGCCGUACGUUUGUUCACAAGAAUUUGGCAAUAUCGAUGAUUUUUGCCCAAGUGAUAUUUUUGUUUGGUAUCAACAAAACAGGCAACAAGGUACGCUAUACUGCUUUUCUGUAUAGUCUUUUGUUUAAUAAGUUGAAUUCUUAAAUCCAUGUAAACUGAAGAUUGGGGCUCUAACAAAGACGUUUACUUAGCCGAUCCUGCAAAAUAAUAUUAAUUUUACUGCCAUAGAAUCGUUCAUCGUAGAACCAGACUGGGAAUAUUUUCCUUUAUUUGAGGUACUGUCUGCUUAUUGAGAGGUAGGCCACAACAUGAAUUUCGGUGGAGUGUCAAUAAUUCAAAGACUAUUGCCAAAAGAAAAACACCUACAGAUAACUUGUGCCCUGAAGAAAUCGUGCCCCAACUGAAACUUUUCUGUUUUCCCUCUCAAGAUGUCUCAUGAUUUAUCCAUGGAUCACAUCAGUUGCAGUGUAUUACAUUUUUCGAACCACGUUUCAACAAAUAGCAUGGAACUUGAUUUCUUCUUUUUCCCUUCUUUUCUUUCUUCUCAUUUUCUUUUCAUUUUAGUUGGCUUGUAAAGGCAUAUCUAUAGCAUUACACUAUUUCUUCCUGGUAUCAUUUGCCUGGAUGGCACUAGAGGGAGUUAUGCUCUAUCUGAUGUUGGUGAAAGUAUUUCACACUAAAACCGCACCUACAAGAAGCAAAAAGAUUUUCUUUUGCCUUGGCUGGGGUGAGUAAUUAAAAAGGUCAGGCAAGUAUGAAUUGCCAUGCAUUACUUCAGUGAGGGUAAACUUUAGGGUUCUUUAAUCCUUUCUUGUCACGCAUACGCAUACAUAUAUUUACCAUUUCAGAACGAACAUCCUUUUCAUAAUAAAGCAGUUCACUUUUCUUCAUCAGUUCUUUAAAACAACGUUUCCCGAAUCCCUCAUCUUAAAAAUUGCUACAUCCCGGCGGUAUCCCAUUCAUAAUUUAAAUCCCGAAUCACGCUCCUUUUUCCCUUAUAAUACCUCAAUGGAACCUCUUCAGAAUGAGCUAUAGAACUGCGUCUAUUGACAUCUAUUGACUUGUAUCAUUUCUACUCAGUUCAAUGAGUUCCGUAGUGGAAUUUAAUGACCUCACUGUUAUAGUCUAUUCUGAUUAACAAGGUGAUACAAUCUUGAGCUGAAUUUGCUAAACAUUUGUCUCAUCGCUUCACUUCUGUUAACACAGGUUUACCAAUUGUAAUAGUUGUAACAUCAGGAGUCAUGUUUCAUCAAGGUUACGGCACUCCUUUUUAGUAAGUUUAUUGCCUUAACAUUAUCUAGGUGAAAAAUACAUUUCUUCUGUUCAAUAUAAGUUGUUUAAAGACAUUUUGGUGCCGUGUGAACAGGUAUUCGGAUUCGGCGGAAGUGAAUCAAUAGUAGUCUGAAAUGUCAGCUGACAUUUCAGACUAAAUGAACAGAAGCGAGGCGGACUGGAAUCCACUGAGACGGAAGUAAAUAUUUAGGAGUGAGGACGUGGGAUUUAGGCUCACCAAACCAUCUCCACGCCACAAAGGAGACUUUUUUCCUGAUUGGCUGUUUAAUUUUGUAGUGUUCAGUCUCCUCACCGCGCGCAAGUGAGUAAACAAAGAUGGCUGCCACGCUCGGCCAACCGCUCCGGUGCUAUUUUCAAUGUUUUGGUUAUAACUUGUUCCAGUUCUGAGCCGUUUCUGUUUAUACUACAGCGGAUGGCUUUUCGUGUAUGCAAGGGAAGCUAUCCAGUAUAGCCUGAGAACAUAGCCUGAUUGAGAGUCCCCUUUGAAUGUUUAAAAUCGGCACAUAUACAUGAGUAUGUAUUUUCCCAGUAAGGCAGUAACGGCCUUAUUUACAAUACUUCUUAGCUCAGUAGAACUUAAAAUCAACGGCUUUAUCCCAUAUAGUUAAUAUUAACAAAAAAGGGUGUGAGAUAGCAAUGAAGGUUAGCUACCAGUUGUCACUGACAUUAAUUUACCGAAAAUACUUGCAGUUUAAGUAUUUCGGCUUGAUACAUCGUUUUUGCAGCAGGUUUUUAUAACAAUUGCUUUGUUGCUGAUCAGGCUUUAUUUUCAAUCAGGUGAUUUUCAAUGUUCUAUUCGUUAGCACCAGACGUAUAUAAUGGUUAUAUGCUUCUGUUAGCACUAAAUGUCGCUUGUUGUUUCAGCUGUUGGCUUUCUCUCUAUCGCGGUUUUAUUUGGUCAUUUGUUGGACCAGUAUUGGUGGUUCUUGCGGUAAGUCAGCAAAGAUGACAGUAGUGCACAGACGGGGCUGUUCAAGAGUAAUUGGAUUUAAAACUGGUGCAUGGGCGCAUGCGCAUGAUAAUUACUCAAUAUGCUAGAAAGUUCACAGUCCCCUACUUUUCCGCAAGAUCGCCGGGAACGCCCCAGGCUAGACUCGGAACAUUAGGAACCAAAAUGGCCGCCCGUAACGCAAAGCGCUCGAUCUCGACGAUCUUACGAAAAAAUGGGGGACAUGACAAUGAACAGUACUAUCAAUAUGCCCAGCUGGCCACGCAGCCAAGCCGACCAAAGGAUUCUCAACAAUUUGAGGCAAGGAAUUAACCAUGACAGAUUUGAGGAAGACUAUCAAUUAGAGUGUCAAUCCUGGUAUCCUUCUUAGACAGUCUUACAGAGGCAUACCGACAUAACAAGAAUAUGUUGGGAAAACUAAUGAUCAGUACAGAAUCAUAGCUGAUAAGUGAGCUUACGCAACAGGACGGGAGAGGAAAGAAGACGUCAAACCUUGUAUGAAAAGCGUGACAAUAAUUUUGUUUGAAAAACUUUUCCACCGAACUUCACCCCCCUUAAAACAGGUGUUUUUGUAAAAGACCAGAAAACAUUACCUUGCCUGAAGAUCACCACAAAACACAUAAGUCAUAGGCGACCUGUUGCGUAAACACAGAGGAGCUCCACACGCGAGGAGCGCGCUUGAGCAGCGCCCCAUAGCUAAGAAAAUUUGGUUACCUAACCAUCCAAGAAAUUCUGGUUGUCACGUGACCUACGUCCACCCGCCCGACCGUCCGUCCGCACCCGGGAAAACCAAUGUGAAAUGUUGUACUCCCUAGCUAGUGUGGGAGCCUGCAACCUGAUAUUGCACAACCAUAUUGUGGUCAAUUGACAGCUGUCAAAACAAAGUAUUCACUGACCAGUAUCACAUGACCGUAUCGCGGGCGAGCUCAGGUGCCAAGCCAUCGAGGUUACGUGGUUUUUUAAGUUUACCGCUGGCAAGUUUCUAGUUUUCGACUUAUCGCAGGUUCUACUCUAAUUGGAUUUUUUUAUUGCAAUGUUUUUUUUUCGUUUACGGGAGCUUCGCUCUUAGCCUCGGCUAAAUCUACAUAUUAUUAAACUCGUUUCGUCAUUUUAUCUUUGUUUUUUCCCUCAUAGUUCAAUUUCAUGUGUUUGGGGAUGACAUUUAGAGUAAUGGCCACAUCAGGUCCAUCAAAUAACAGAAGGAGAACAAACAGAAUAAGGUAAAAAUAGUAAAGACUAUAGUAAUAACAUCGGAGGGAAUAUUGAUUACUGUCUCUGCUGAUGCUACGUUUGGUGCACAUUGCUAUGCAUAUGUUGCGCUAAAAGGACCAGAAAUGUGGAAGUACGAGGAAAAAUGAUAACGACAUUUGAAAUUCUUGAGCCAUAAGAACAUAGGGAAAGUUUCGGCAAGCACUUCAUAGUCUACAGAGGAAAAGUGAAGUGAAAUAAUUCUUUCCUUCAAAAAUAGUUUGUUGUUUUUCUGUUUGCUUACUUGCUUUUCUUUAAUCGUUUCGGAUAAAGGAAAUUAGACCACUAGUAGCCUUUCAUUUUCCUCAGGACAAUUAGUCAAAGGAGAAAGAGCUAAAUACAAAGCGCGCGUGAAAACGUCAUGCAGGUGCUCGAGGUGGCGACGUUCACGCGAGCUGGGGUAUAUGAAUGAAGGCCUGGCUAUACUUGCGGUCUGGAGAUAUAGUGGCGGGUCUAAAGGCAGGGUCGCGGAUGGGGAAACUAUAACCCAUUAAGCCCCCAUAUCACCACCGUACUUAAUUAUUUAUUCCUUUUAUAUUACGCUUGAUGCAUCAUUUUAUUAUUUUUAUAUUCAUUAGACGCUGGUCGAAAGCCUGUAUGUUGCUGACCUGUAUACUCGGUCUUACGUGGCUGUUUGGUGUUUUAUAUAUUAAUCAAGAAUCACUUUUCAUGGCUUACUUUUUUACAAUAUUCAACACUCUUCAGGUAAAUCUGAUUAUCUUAUAAAACGGAAAUUCCUCAAGGCAGAAUGGGAAAUUUCAUAAUUCUUAGACAAGACCUGAAAGCCUGAGUAUUUAAAUGAAGUGGUGUUCUGCUGGGGACAAGGACAGAAUGUUAAGUAAAAAUAGUGAAACCUGUAUAACAAACUACUCGUUCUUUCCCUGCCACUUUUCAAACCAGAGAAUCUUAUAUCACUUUUAUUGCAGGGAUUAUUCAUCUUUUUAUUCCACUGCGUUGGAGACGAAAAAGUGAGUAUCAAAAGAUGGCUGUCAUUUUUAAUACUAAUACGUGCAUUUAUCACAUGCCAUAAAGAAUAAAGCCAAUCGGAAAGCUAGGAACUUGUUCAAUACUGUUGCGAUAUGCAACGGGUCGUAUUUCACGAAAUAAAGUCCUUCAGCGUUACUCAAGGCCCAGAGCAACUUUGUGAACACCAGCUUAAAACCGAAUUUUCACUUUCAUUUCAGGUUCGUCUUGAGUAUCGUCGAGUGCUAUGCUGUAUUGAUCCUGACAAACGCUACUUGUUAACCAAACCCUCGGAUAGCAACAGCAAGUCAGAAUCUUCCUCUAAAUCGAAAAGCCAGGUCGACAAUUUUAAGGCAAAGAACCAGACACUUAGCAGUUCAGUUUCCUCUGUUGUAAGUAUGGUCAAUACUGUUGUAAGCCUACGUUGUGCAAAAAAGAGCGUUCUACUUAAUGCACUACACGCGGGGUUGGGUGACAUUUCCAGUCGUCACCUUAAAGGGACAAUUUAAACCAAGAACAAAACUUUCCACGUAGUCUUAUGACAAAUAAUAUAUACACACGAGUUUAGGCACCAACACGCUUAUUUGAUGGAGGGUCUUCAAAGGACAUUCUUCGGCAGGAUCAAACAUUAUCUUAGUGUUCUACAAGCAUUCGUCUUGUUUUCUUUUGUCACUUAGUCUUGGCUGUGUUACGAAUUUGCCAUUCUGAUGUUGGUAAAAUAUACAGAUGAGCUGUAACAUAUUAAUUUACUCAUUAUGAUCGACUUUCGCUUAAUGUAGAAUUGAAGCUAAAAAUAUCUUCACUGAAUCAUUAGAUAACCCGUAUAUAUUUUGCUGUUUUUGUUUCCUUUUUUGACACAGGGAACUGUAGAAAGCAAAAGAAACACUUUUGUAGUUCAUGUAUCAGGUACGAUCAUAUCGCCUGCGUGCACAAUUUUAUCGUCUAUGCUCAAAAGGCACCGGCCUAGUCGUUCAGAAACUUUGAACGCCAUAAAUCAAGGUUAAAUUGUUAGCCGGUAACCAUAACCGUCUCAAUUUUUGUACAGCAAAGGCGUGGCUGCAUGGAUACCUGAUAACUCAGCUGAGAUUUGCUUAAGUAGCGCCCUGCGCGUGGGCGGUUGGUAGAACCUCUCACAAAAGUUAAAGAUGAACUUGGGUCGUCAGCUCCGUGUGAACAGAGCAUGAACAUAUCCCUGGUUAAUCUUCAUGUUAUUUCACUAGAGCUUCAAACACCUUAUUCCAAAAUAGGGGCAAAUUUAAUUACUCUUUUGUCUUCGUGAUAAUUAGCCAUCAACCAGCCUCGCCUGCCUUGUUUCAGCGUAAAAUUAAAGUCUUCUUUUGAAACUUGCAGAUGAAUCGAGGCCAAGGUGGCAAAUUAAGUAAAAACUGAGAAAAGUAAUUUUAAUUGAAAUAUAUGAAAUGAAUCAUAUGUUAACUUCAUAAAAACCAUAUUGCCAGCAUUUAGGAAUAAGUUGAAUAACUCGUUGCUUUCCAGAUGGAAAAGUGCGCGUGCGAGGUGUUGCUACAGAUGAGCAGAACAGGCAUCUGGUGACAAACCAACGCCAAAGUCAAUCAAGUCACUCCAGUUUUGGCCAGGCGGUAGCUCAGGUAUUAUUUAAAAGCGGCAGGUCACAAAACCUUAACUCAAUCAAUAUUUUUUAGUUUGCCUGUGUGUUUCUUCACCUUUCGGUAAUCUUGAAAUACCGUAAAAUUUCAUCAUGAUUCUUUUCAAUCCUUUCUUUGCAGAUUCCUAAUGGCCGGCGACACUCCAGCGCAUCGGCAGCCAGUGAGGAUUCUAAUCACGAAAGUGAAUCGCAUGAAGAGAUCCCACUGAAUAGAAAGAACUAACGACUAGUCUUAUGACGUCACCUCUGUUGAGAUUGCCAAGAGCCUCGAUCUAAUGAACAAAACAACAUUUGAUAAAGAAUUAUUUAUGUGUGCUUCAUCCCCUUUAUAGCUACAGUUCAGAGACAAAAUACCUCAUCAAGUUCUUUCAAACUUGUUUUAUGAGGAGAAUUAUUACUUCUUUUACUCUUUUUUGGGGCCUUUCCUGUUUAGCUGCGCGCGCAACCAUCGAUGAUGGCGUUAACUGAGGAAAACAGAGGAACCUGGGACAUGGACAAGUUUGGGAAAAUCCGUCGACUCAGCUGGAAAGAGCGCCUUUAAAUUGAUAAAAUUUCCAAGUUUGAAGGUGAUUUGUUGAAAACUAAUGAAGAAAGUCGCGAAAUUUUACAGACGUUUGUAUGGUGGAGGCGACUUUGCGGACCUGUUCACGGCCUCGCUCGUUUAAGACGUAUCACUUUGCAACUUUGUUAAGUUUACUACUUUUAAGGAGCUUGUUUUUGAAGCGUGUCGACGGAUUUUCCCUAUCUGGUGCAUUUGAAAAGUUGAAAAGACCUUCGAACGGUCUAUUACUCUAUUGUGCGACGUCGGAUGCUAAAUGAUAUCUAAAAACAAAUAGACAUUUUGGCGCGUGUCCUAGACUUAUAAACUGACACCUAAAGAAAAGAGUCACGUGUGUUACACAACUGUUAAAAAAAAGAUGUCUGAGACAGGGUUCGACUGUACUGUAUUCGCAAUUGUACUCUGUCCUCCGAAAAAAAAGGUAUUUUGCGAAAGCUUGAUCGCCACAAACUAUGUAAAGUAUCUUCCAAGCGCUUCCGCAUUCUUUAAAAGAGUUCAAAUAAAGAUCAAAAAGGCCACUAAGAUUAUUGUUCACAGAACACAACACUGGGUCGCUGGGUGCUGUCUCAAACUGCACUGACCGAUAUGGUGCUUUUGGGGAAGGGGGCGCUAUCGCUUCUGCUAUUAAAAUGUGUGGGACUUUGUAUGAUUGUCACCUAACUGAUCGACUUAUCACUAGUCCGGGUAGGAGUUGUGUCUAAUUGUACUACGAGUCAGUUAUUGUGGUCAGUAUUGUUUUUUGGCCAUUUGGAGGUUGAAAGAGGUUUAGAUGUCCCUCCAGUCCAGUACCGUAAAUGAUCCAAUAGACGGCCUCUGUCAAAUAAACGCCUCUUUUGCCCUUUUAAUCUUGCAUUUGACGCCCCUCCCUUAUAAACGCCCCCUGUCUAAUCGACGCCUCCGUGACAAUUACUCCAACAAGGAGCUAAAUCAUUCCAUUUAAUACGUUUCUCUUUCAAUGUCAAGUUUAAAGUAAGAAUGGAGUAAAGAUAACAGCAUAAUGACCCUGAAUGAGGAUUCUAACAUCGAGUUAGUCUUUCAAAAAAGUCCUCUCUCUCGGUUCGCUUAGAAAAUCGUGACAUCGAACAUGGAGUUUGAGUUCUGAAAUGCGAUAUGGAUCUCUAGACGGCCCUAGACAUAUCAACGGAUGGACAUAAUAUUUUGCUCAUUCAUAAACUCGAUAGAUAUUUUAUCCGACAGCAUAUUAGUUUUGUUGAGCUUGAAACAGUUAUCAUUUACGGUUUUGCAAUUCAUUAUUAUUAAAAUAGUUUGUUUGUAUGAUAAUUAACUUAUUAGGGUGAGGAGAUACUAAUUGAACACUCAUGUGUUUGCUACGUCAGCUCUCAUGGACACGACCUUGUGAAAUCGUUUAGAUUUACAUGCAUACUUACGCGCCUUUUUCAUCAUUUUUACCACUAAUUAUCAAUUCAUUUUUAUACUGUACAAUUCAAACCCUUAAGAGCCCAUAACCUAUAAGUUCAUUUAAACGCUUCCAAUGUACGAAAACUGUUUUUACAACCAUUUUUUAGCCUUUACGAUUUUAGCUAUCAUAACUUUCUAAUUGAUUAAGACAGGCUUACACAAAAAUGGUUGUAAAUACUGUGUAAAACUUCCUCCAUUAGGAUAAUUAAAUACCCACAAUGUGUAUAUUGAUAAAGGAAGCUCUCUGCAUCAGUGAGGAAGCAAAUAAUGAAGAACUAGAGACAGAAAUAGCUAGCUUUCACCAGCAUUAUGUCGUCUGUUUUUAUUUAAAAUCCAUUCAAGGCAAACAUCUCCACAUACACCAACCAAAAUUACCAAUUAUCACAAACUGAUUAAAUAAUAGCGUAACUAUCUUGAAUACGACAUAGUUUUGGCGGUCAGCACAUGAAAAUUUAGCAACUCUCCUAAGGCCCAGUUCAGACGCCGAACUUUUCAUGAGCCAAACCUAAUACAUUGAAGUCAUUGAAUUAAGUACAUGAAAAGUUCGGCAUCUGAAUCAAUUUUGAACGCCUGAUUCAAUUUGGACCGUUCGUUUCGCCUAGCCCGGCUGGGAAUUUCGCCUUUGGAGCGACUUUGGAAUGGCUUUGAUUCAGAUGCCGAACUUUCCAUGUACCGAAUCUAAUG